AUGGAGUUUUACAUUGUCCCCAACUCGACGCUGAACCCUUGCUCCCGAGACAUGAGCGAGCUGUUCUACGCAGACCACCGAAGCCCAGCAUCGCCAGCCAUGAACGGGCCCACCAGUGGAGGAGGAGCUGUCGUCGGGAGCACCAAGACGCGGCGGUCGCAUCGGAAAUCGCGAAACGGCUGCGCCGAGUGUAAGAGGCGGCACAUUCGCUGCGACGAGGGCAGGCCCGCGUGCACCAACUGCACCAUUGCCGAGCGCGCGUGCUCGUUCCCGAAUGCCUCUCCGGGCCACCAUGGAGCGGCAGCGGCAGCAGCAGCUCAGGCUCGGCAGACGAUGGGGACCGGUGGCGCCUCACCAGCAGCGGCGGGCAGCGGCGGCAGCAACAUCAACGGCUCGCUAGAAGUGCCUUCUCCUCUGCAUCACUACCCGGGUCCGCACAGUCCGGCGAGGAGUAGCAGCAGCACGGGCUCAGGUCCCAGACCGAUGAGUGUCUUUGCCGACGACGGUCUUCCACCGUUACAUGCUGCUGCUGGCGCUGCUCAUCACCACCAACAUCAUGCUCCUUCUCAUGCGCCGCAUCACCAUCCCCAGCAGCAGCAACCGCAGCAGCCGCUGCCGUCCCAGGGACUUCCCCGGUUCGCGCAUCAGCAGAGUCUCCCGUCAUUCAACGAGUCGUUUGCCGAUGCCGCGCCGCCCGUCGUACCACGGUUGCACAAGGCCAGCAGUAGCAGCACUGGACCGCUGCCUGCGCCGCAACCGCAGCCGGCACAGCCACCGCAGCAGCAAUUACCAUCACCACAGUCGCAGGCCGGAAGCAGCAGCGGCGUUGGCCCGGGGGGUGGGAGCGGCAGCGGCAGCGGCGGCAACUUUGACGCCCAGCACAUGGUUCUCCUCCAUCAUGUCGAGACAAGGAUGCACUCGGACAUUCUGGGCGUGGGCCAGACGCCGACGGUGAUCGAGAUGGCGAUACGGCACGCCGUCGAGUGCCCGUACCUGAUCGACCAGCUGCUGGCCCUGUCAGCCAUGCAUCUCGCCUACCAGCGACCCGAGCACGCCGCCACAUUCCGGCACCAGGCGACAGAGCUGCAAACCCGGGGCAUCACUCAAUUUGCCAAGGAGACGGAGCGGCUCACGACGUCGGAAGACAACUUUGCGGCGCCUCGCUUCCUCUACGCCACGCUGCUCAGCAUCCACAUGCUGGCGGACACGCUGGCCUACCACCGCGCCGACUUUGACGUCUUCAUCGACCGCUUCAUCGAGUGCAUGCACCUGCACCGCGGUAUCCUGUACAUUGUCCGCCCGCAGUUUGAGCAGCUCAUGCGCUCCGAGCUCGAGCCCAUCCUCGCCCUGACCCUGACCCAGCUGCCGCGCGACCCCCGCCGCGGCGCCGAGUGCGACCCCCUCCACGCCGUCCUCGACCGCUGCGCGCUGCCGCCGACGCACGCAGCCGUCUGCCGCGAGGCUAGUAAUAUGCUGCAGUGGGCGUUUGACCUCUCCGUCCGCCUGCCCUCCCCCGACGUGCCUCACGCCAUCUCUGGGUGGCACGUCGUGCUGCCGUCGGAGUUUGCGGACGUCCUGCGGGACAGGAGGCCUGAGGCGCUCGUCAUCCUCGCCUACUAUGGCGUCCUGCUCCACCGCGCGCGGCGGUACUGGAUCUGCGGGGGCAACGGCGCGGUCCUGGUCAGGGCGAUUGCGAGGCAGCUCGGCCCGGAGUGGGGGUCCGUCAUGAGGUGGCCGAUGGACGUGAUUGAUAGAGAGCAAGAUUGA